GUAGCGCUGCAUACGCUCGUCUAUCAAGUCCAGGCAAAGGUUACUCUAAGGCUCAGGGUAGCAGACAAUUUCGUCGAUCUUGCGACAAAAACCGUUUUAUUGUACCGUUUAAAAAUAAAUUGCGAUGAGUUGGGUGACUAGAAAGUACACCGGGUUCUUCGGCGAAGGAAUCAAGAAAUGGGCGUACAACAUGUCUAGAUUUAACCAGCUGGGUCUUCAACACGAUGACUGCCUACACGAGGAUGAGGUCGUCGAAGAAGCGCUCAGAAGACUUCCCCAAAAAUUAGUCGAUGAGAGAAAUUACCGCAUUAUACGCGCAGUGCAAUUAUCUCUGACAAAAUCAAUUCUACCGAAGGAUCAGUGGACGAAGUAUGAAGAGGACGUAAAAUAUCUUCGGCCCUAUAUAGAUGAAGUGGAAAAGGAGCUGCGCGAAAAAAAAGAAUGGGCCAAGAAGUGAAAAAGAUAGUUGAAUUAGUCGUAUGAUGAAUAACGUAUUAUGUACAGUGUUGAUGAUGUAAUUAUUGCCAAUAACAAACGUGAAGAAGA